AUGCUAGCUGGUGCUCUCUUGACAGUGUGGAUCCAAUCCCAAAUGAAACAAUCCUCCAGCCGGUUACCAGCCCCUGAGGAAAAUUCUGCAAUCUCUAUGGACAAUAAGAAUCGGGAUACAAAGGUUGGCGAACUGGAAAUCGUGAUCGCAGAUCUCACCGCGCGCCAAGGGGAGCUGCAAAGCAAAUUCAAUGAAGCUCAGGAUGCUCUUGAGAAAAGCAAUCAAGAGUGUGCAAGGCGGAAGAUGAAGACAGAGGAGUUACUGACUCAGGUCGACAAGCUAAUGACUGAGUUGAAGUCAUCAGAGCCCAAGUGCGAAAACACAGAUCACAUAUCCACAAACUUGCAGACGGAGCUCGCUACCGAAGGAUCAAACCCUGCUGACCAGCCGCCUAUUCUUCCCUCGGCGAUGCCACGGGAUGCGACAGGCCUUUGCUGA